AUGCCGGAAGAUGGCGAGGUUUCCGUUGUAAUUCACCAAGUCUUCAAUAAAAUCAAGGCCGAAGCGAAGAAGCUCGGAACGACGCCUCUAGCUUAUAUCCGGCUUUUCUCCAGGUGCUUUACCUUGGGUACAAAGAACAAGCCCUAUUCCAGUAUCUCUGUCCACAAUUCCCGCUACACUGAAUCACUCGAGCCUAUGGAUGACUAUGUUCCCAAUCAUUUUGACCUUCAGCGAGCCUCUAGGCAACCAUGGGCCUACCUCGUCAAUCGGAGAUUAUCUUCUGGGCAAAUAUGCUUGGCUAGACGAGGAAAAUGCCUGGCUAUAGGGGUGGGAUAUCAUCUUACCGUUUUUCACCUUGGCUUGGAGGCCAAGGUCACAAUCAUGUCUCAUGCCGACUAUACUAAGCUCAUCGAGAACGACUGCCCUGGCUCAAAUCCUGAUAGAACCAAGGCGUCCAGAAUGCGCUCUUUUGUGACACCCCCUCAGUUUAUUGAGCCUGGAUCAUCUUCAAAGGCGAAGCGAACGAUUAACGUCUUUGCGGCUAUUGUUGCUGAUACAUUUGCUAUUGUAUUCUCUGACUUUGCACGUCUUAUGCGUAUGCAUGUCAUCAGCAAGGAUCAACAUUGGACGCAGGCAGAUCUUGAUGUCGGGUCUCUGGAAUGGCCACUCAUCUGGACUACAUUUCCAGAUGGUCCGGAUUGGGUUCUUGAGCGAGGGGCUGCUCUGAUUGCUCUCAAUAACUGGCGUGAUGGGGUCUGUGAAUAUGCCUCUGGCUUUUCGAAACCCAUUGUCGAUGUCAUUGCAGAAAAUAGCACUCGAGUAUUCUCAGGAUUUGGACGGCACCUUGCUAACGAUUUUUUGCACUAUGCUGCGAUUUUUCCAGGUGCACCUUGCAGCUGGAUAUGCUCAGAUGAUAUUCGUUUUGAGCGAUUCAAGCAACAGAUCUUGAAAUACACAGAGAUCUGGCGAUCCCCAGAGUUUCUGCGACGGUGUGCCAUGUUGAGAAGACCGUGGCACGCGGGAGUGAGAAUAGUGCAAUCGGACGCGCUGACAAGAUGCGUGAACACCUAA